AUGGAAGUUUCGACCUGGGAACAUCAUUUCAGUUUGCGGUUGGGAAGGCAAGAAAGAGCAACGUCAGAAGAUUCUUCUUCUCAAAUUCAGAAUCACCAGUGCAGAGGGGAGAAUCUUGGAUGGUUGCAAAGACGCGCAAGAAUCCGGUUCAAUGUUAAAGCGGUUGAACCGAACCGAACCGUUUGGUGGAGUUGGGUUGGGAAGUAA